CCCCGCGCUCAAUGCCAGCCGGAUGCCAGCCAGGUCCCAGCUUGGCUCAGGGUGGGCCUGGCGUCCAGAGCACAGCACCACGCUCCCUCGCCGGGUCCUCCACGGCGUUUCUCGGAACAAGUCGGUUGUCGCCAUGGCUUUCGCAAGCUGGUGGUACAAGACGCAUGUCAAUGAAAAGACCAGUGGAUCAUCUCCUAAACCAGGGGAAAAGAAAGAAGCAGAUGAGCAGAAAGCAGCAAGCCUCAGGAGCAGUCAGCCCUCCAGAGCCCAUGCCAGUGGGACAGCCCAGGCCACCAAGAUGUCGGCCUCUGGAGCAACUAGCAAGCCUUCCAGUAUGAAUCCCACAGAGACUAAGGCAAUUCCAGUCAGCAAACAGAUGGAAGAACCCCAUCCUCCCAACAAGAAAAGACACAAAAAACAGGCUGUAAAAACAGAACCUGAGAAGUCACAGUCAGCUACGCUUUCUGUGGUUCAUGAAAAAAAAUCCCAAGAAGAAAAGCCAAAGGAACAUGCAGAGCCAAAAAGCCAACCCCAGCAUGCAUCAGAUGUAGGAAGCAAACCCACUCAUAGUGAAAAAGCAGCUUCCAGAUCUAAGGAGCAGCUGACGUCAGAGAAGUCUACAGAACCAAAGGCUAAAUCGCAAGCCACUGUUUCUGUGGAGAAAGAGAGCGCUGUUGCUGGGGUGGCUGCAACUUCUGGCAAACCAGAUGACAAGAAAAAAGAAAAGAAAUCACUAAUGCCAGCUGCACCAGUUGAAUCCAAACCAGAUAAACCACCAGGAAAGUCAGGCAUUGAUGCUGCUUUGGAUGACUUGAUAGACACAUUAGGAGAACCUGAAGAAACUAACGAGGAUAAUACGACAUAUACUGGACCAGAAAUUUCAGACCCAAUGUAUUCCACCUAUAUUGAGGAGCUGGGUAAAAGAGAGAUCACAAUUCCUCCAAAAUAUAGGGAACUUUUGGCUAAAAAAGGUGUCAUGGGGCCUCCACCAGACUCAUUGAAGCCCAUGGGGCCUGAUGAUGCUAUAGAUGCCUUGUCAUCUGACUUUACCUGCAGCUCUCCUACUGCUGGUGGAGAGAAAACUGACAAACAGAAAUCCACAGAAGUUUUAAAGGCUCAGUCAGCUACGGUAAUCAGAAGUGCUGCUCCACCCCAGGAGAAAAAAAGAAAAGUGGAGGAGGAUGCUAUGAGCGAUCAAGCAGUUGAGGCUCUGUCAGCUUCGCUGGGCACCCGGGAACCAGAACCUGAGCUCGACCUCAGCGCUGUUAAGGAAGUUGAUGAGGCAAAAGCUAAAGAAGAAAGACUAAAAAAGUGUGGUGAGGAUGACGAAACAGUCCCAUCCGAGUACAGACUAAAACCAGCCAUGGAUAAAGAUGGAAAACCACUAUUGCCAAAACCUGAAGAAAAACCCAAGACCCUGAGUGAAUCAGAACUCAUUGAUGAACUUUCAGAAGAUUUCAACCGGUCUAAAUGCAAAGAAAAACAAUCUAAGCCAACUGGAAAAACAGAAAAAUCUCAGGCUGCCGCCACGGCUCCUGUGGCAGAAGUGGUGUCUGCGACCUCCAUGUGCAGUGUACAAAUGGCACCACCCAAGCCUGCUUCCUCCAAGAGCACAGUGCCAGAUGAUGCUGUAGAAGCCUUGGCUGGAAGCCUGGGGAAAAAGGAGCCAGAUCCAGAAGAAGGAAAACCUGUGGUGGAUAAAAUCAAGGAGAAAGCCAGAGAAGAAGACCGUGAAAAACUCGGUGAAAAAGAAGAAACAAUUCCUCCUGAUUAUAGAUUAGAAGAAGUCAAGGAUAAAGAUGGAAAACCACUCCUGCCAAAAGAGGCCAAGAAACCACUUCCACCCUUGAGUGAUGACUUUCUUCUCGAUGCACUGUCUCGGGAUUUCUCCAGUCCUGCAGAUACCUCCUCUCUUAAGUUUGACGAUGCUAAACUUUCUGCUGUCGUCUCUGAAGUGGUUUCCCAAACCCCGGCUUCAGCCACCCACGCAGCAGGCCCACCCCCAGACACUGCGAAGAGUGACAAAGAACUUGAUGAUGCUUUGGAUAAACUUUCUGACAGCCUUGGACAAAGGCAGCCUGACCCAGAUGAGAACAAACCAAUGGAGGAUAAAGUAAAGGAAAAAGCUAAGGCUGAGCACAGAGACAAGCUGGGCGAAAGGGAUGACACCAUCCCGCCUGAAUACAGACAUCUCCUGGACGGCGACGGGCAGAACAAACCAGCAAAGCCACCUACCAAGAAGUCAAAAGAAUCAAAGAAGCCCGCAGAUGACAAAGACCCCAUCGAUGUCCUCUCAGGAGAUCUGGACAGCUGUCCCUCAACUGCGGAACCCUCACCCAACACAGCAAAGGACAAGAACAAGAAGGGUGCUUCCAGUUCCAAAGCACCCAAGAAUGAAAGUAAAGCAAAGGAUUCGGCAAAGAAAACGGAGGAAGCGUCCAAGCCAAAAGGUGAUGAAAAAAAUACAAAAAAAGAUGAUGAUAAAAAAACAAGUUAAAGUUUACAUUGUUUGGUAUCUGCAUAUAAAGCCUUCAGCGGGUGGUUGGCAACUUUUGAAGAGCAAAAGGCAUUGGCAACAGAAGUGUUUUUCUGAGCGGCUUCUCAACAGUGAUAUUUGUUAAGUCUUCUGACAUCAUAAACGUUGGUUUGUUAUUUUUUGCCAGAAGGAAGACGAAUUUAUUUGGUUCACCUGUGCUACUGUUUUGAGUACUGAUAAACUGAAUUUUUUAAAAUUGCCUUCAGUUGGGAAAGGAAGCUUUAUAUUUGUAAGAAACAUAUUUGAUAAAGUUUAUUAAAGCAAUACCAAAAAAGAGAGAAAAACAUUGCAAAUGUUUGCACAUGCUACACACAGUGCCUAUAAAUCUCAAUAGUAUUUUCAGUUUGCACUUAGUUUUUUUAGCAUUUAGUGCUCUAAACACUUGUCAGUGUUCUUAUUUCCUAUUACCCCCUUUCCUCUUGAGCUUUUGAACUGUAUUUGAUGUUUCUUUGGGUUUAUGUUCAUAAGUUGAAUAUAAGAUAUUGUACAUUGGGUGCAUAUUCCCUCUUGGACUGCAAAUAAUAAAUUAAUAA